GGCAGUCUUGUGUCUUGUGUGUGUGAUACUGUCUUAUAACCGGAAUUCUUCUUUUCUUUCUUGACUCUAAAUUGAAGAACCUUUAAACAGGGGACUUCUCACCAGGAUUUGUACUUUGGUUGAAGAUUCCAGAGCAAAGCUUACUUUAUCAAGCUUUGUGUUCAGAAUGAGGACUGUAAAUGAAUUGUGUCUUGUGUUAACAGAGUGCCUGGUGGUGACUGUAUGAGGAAAAUCAUUUAACAGCAGAGUGCUGAUUAGAUCAAAAUGAUCUGACUUCUUUUUUAUGUGCUACAGUUUUGUCAGUACAGCACUGGCACUGUUGUUAUUUAUAACCUGCUGUUUCCAUUCUUUUGAACUCAACAGGACAAUGAGGUUUUUCCAGCUAUGGGUGACUCUAUGGUUGUUUACCUUGAAGGACCUGCACAUGGCUACAAGUAUAACUGUGAAGUUUCCUAACAAGGAGCCUCUAUACAUAGCACUGGGCAGAACUCUGGUUCUGGAAGCUCAGUUUCAACUUCAAGAAGGUGAAAGGGUUAUUCUACAAACAUGGGAACGUAAGAACAGUGAUGGGGAAGUCAGAGUGGCAGAAGGUGGCAGAUCAAAACAAAAUAGGACAUUUGUGGAGAAGAAUGGAGCCUUGUUGAGGAUUAAUGGAGUCAAAGAUAGCGAUUACGGGAUCUACAAGGUUACAUUCACAGCUGCCAGUGGAGACCAAGUGUCUGAUUCUCGUCAAGUGCUAAAAAUAACAAAUCCUCCAAAAGCUUAUCUUUCCAUGCAAUGUAGCAUCCCGCGUAAGGGAGCACAGUGGGACAGUCCUGUGUUUUCAUGGCAAGUGGAUGGAGUCGAUAUGACCAAUCAGACUGGUGAGAUAUCUGUAGAUGGCAGUACACUCCUCUUGAAAAAUCUGAGCCGAAGCUACACCUGUACCACGGACAGCAGUCAAGGGACGAGCAAAGUGGCAGUGCACCUAAAAGAGCCAGACCCAAGUCCCAACAGCUGUUCCUGUACUGGAUGGAUUGUGGCUGUAGUUCUUCUAAUCAUCAUUGUUAUUGGUUUGAUUGGGGUGCUCUGCUAUAAGACACGUACCUCUGCAAGACCAGACCAUAAAGAGCGUGACACUCUCUGACACUGCAAGUCAAACACUAAACACUGUACUGCUUAAGGCCACUGAGCGCGUCUUUUAAUUCAAAUUUAUUUCUAGCUAUUUAUUUAGAAACAGAUUAUUUAUGUCUAUGAAUAUAGUUCUGUGACCCUAAAUAGUGAUUAUUAGUUACAAUUAUCCUGUACCCUGGGCAAUUUACUAGAUACGCUUAUCAUACAGGAGACCUUGUAAGGUGUACUUACUGGGUAUUUUUUUGGUAUAAUUACUAACCGCAGUCCACCAGUCAGCCUUCAAUUGGCCUGCUACCUUACAUAUUAUAAACAUAUCUGGUGGCUUUCAUGGUGGUCUCUUUCUACUGAUGGUCAGGGUAGAGGGGGGCUGACUGGUGGACUAUAUGCAGUAAUUGCAUUUACCAUGUGAACUUGCAUGUUAAACGUAUCUAAUAAAACCUAUGGUGGUAUAAAAAGUGGCCCAAAAAUAUUUGAACACUAAAGCCACAUUUAUAACUGAAUUUCACUGCAUUUUAUUUGGUUGUCACUCCACUUAAUACAUAGUUACUGUGAUGAUCUACACCAUGUGGUUACUCUGCUAAGGGCAUCUAUGUGAAAUUGAAGGUAAUUGACUACACACGUUCACUAUAAAUGAUCUUCGUACCAGCUGGUUAAAAGUUCUGAGAAAAGGCCUAGCAUCAUCUGUUAUAAUGAUAAAUAAAUAAAUAAAUAAAUAAUGUUUAAAGAAGAAGAACUGAAUGAAAACAGACAACAUACAGGCAGACCCAGAAAGACCACUAGCAGAAUGAGAAGGAUAAUUGUGAGUUAAAUCAAGAAAAACAGGUGCGAAACAGCAGCAAGGGCAUUAGUGAGAAUUAUCAGAUACAGCUAUUGCACAAAUUAUUCAAAUCAGGAUCAAGGAGCAUGGGUACAAAGGGUAAUUCCCAUAGUGGUGUUGGUGACCUUGUUUUCAUUGAUGGCAUCAUGAACACAGAAGUAUACAGAGGCAUAAUAAUCCAAAGCAUACCAGCUACCCUUCCUUUUUUGCCAAAAAGAAAAAUGUAAUGUAAGAAAAAUGUGGCCCUCCCUAUGCCCUGACCUAAACCCUAUAGAGCAUCUACUGUGUGGGAUGCAAUGGAGAAGAAAUUAGCGAUUUAGUGAUUAGUGAUGCUCUAGUGUGAGUGAUACUGAAAGUUUGUUGGUUGAAACUUGGAGGAAACAGUUACAUGCCUUGAACGUAUGGUUGGACUGUGGGGGAAUGUGCUGAGCUGGUUUAGGUCCUACCUAAGUCAUAGAACUCUCAGGCAACAUCAGUAGCUUCUAUACAUCCACUGCUACCACUGACUGUGGUGUUCCCCAAGGAUCCAUAUUGGGACCUAUCCUUUUUUCAUUGUACCUGCUCCCACUGGGAACCAUAAUCCAAAAAUUUAAUAUUUUUUUUUCAUUGUUAUGUUGAUGACGCUCAGCUCUAUCUUCCCUGCAGGCAUUGAGGAUAUUAAGAGUUGGAUGGCUAACAAUUUUCUUCAACUAAAAUAAAACAACUCAGAACUUAUUCUCUUGGCCCUUUCAAAUCUACAAAUGUUUUAUCAAAUAAUUUAGGAAUAUUGGCACAAUAUGUUAGACCACAGGUGAGGAAUCUCUGUGUUUUAUUCGACUGCAACCUCAGAUUUGAUCAGAAAAUCAACUAAAAGGUAGUUAUACAUGAUCUCAUCUCCUCUCGUUUAGAUUACUGCUGUUUGCUUUGUUUUUGGUAUCAACAAGGAGUCAGUUGAAAAUGCAGCUGCGAAAUUAUUCACUGGCACCUAGAAAAGAGACCGCAUCACCACUGUUUUGGCAUCCUUGCACUGGCUUCCUGUCCACUACAGGAUCCAGUAUAAAGGAUAAACGUAUAGCUCCCACCAAUAUCUCUGCCAUUCUGUGCCGCUACUCUGCUCCCAGGUCUCUGAGAUCCUCAGACCAGUUGCUGUUGGCUGUUCCAUGUUCUAAUGUCUUUAGCACUGUGAGAAUGAGUGUAGUAGUCACUGGAAACUGUUUAGCAAAUAAGUUCUUUGACAUGUUUUCUAAUGCAGUGAAAUUCAUACAUUCGUUAGUGUGGCUUAAGUGUCCAAAUAUCCUCCAUUCUUCUGGGAAGGCCUUCCACUAGAUUUUGGAGUGUGGCGAGAGGCCUGGGUCAGUUUGUUGAGGUCAGGGCUCUGUCAAUGCUUGCCGCUUGAGUCUUUCCAAACCAGCCUUGGCAAACCAUGUACUCAUAGAGCUCGCUUUGUGCACAGGCGCAUUGUCAUGCAGGACAGUUUGGGCCCCUUAGUUCCAGCACAGGGGAAUUAAUGUUACAGCAUACAAAGACAUUCCUGACAAAUGUGUGCUUCAAACUUUGUGGCAACAGUUUGGUGAAGGCUCACAUAUGGGUCUGAUGGCCAUAUAGUGCACACAUAUGUAUAUCCAUGUGGAUGUGCAACAAUAUAUGACAUAAGCAGACAGACAGACAGACAGACAGACAGAGAGAGACACACACACACGUACGCACGCACGCACACACACACACACACACACACUCUCUUCCACCCUCAAUACCACGACUGAGGUGAGACCCUUGAGCAAGGCACCGAACCCCCAACUGCUCCCCGGGCGCCGCAGCAAAAAAGGCUCCCCACUGCUCCGGGUGUGUGUUCACUACUGUGUGUGUGUUCACUACUGUGUGUGUGCACUUGGAUGGGUUAAAUGCAGAUACAAAUUCCGAGUAUGGGUCACCAUCCUUGGCCACAAGUCAUUUCACUCCACUUCAUAUAUACACGUAUAUGUACAUAUGUAUGGAUUUAACCUAAUGGUUACUAAUGGUCACUAAUGGUUUGGCAGCAACUAAAUGAGUAAAGUUAAUUGCUAGAACCUCACAGGAGUGGCUGUUAACUUAUUUAAAAGCCUAUUCCUUGCACAACUACAUUUUUCACUACCUCUCCAUUUAUUAGACACCUACACUGGAAUGGAAAAUAUUAGCUACACAUAGAAGCAAGUGAAUUUGUUUUUAAAAGCAUUAACAUAUUAGAAUCAGUGAAUUAAUACAGUAUAUACUUGUGAUUGACCUUGACCUGACUUAUUUAUCUUGGUUGUUUGACCAAUCAGAAGGAUGUUGUCCUUAGCAAUGUGAAAAUGAAUGUAGUAGUCACUGGAAACUGUUUAGCAAAUAAGCUCUAAACCUAGUAAAUAAAGGCGAUUUCACAAUGCUCUUGUGCUGUCACAUCAUCAUCAAAACAAAGAAGAGCACUUACACACUCUAAAGAUAGAAACUGGUCAAAGUUUUGAAAUGUUAAAAUGAGUUAAUAAAGACAUUAAAAACAACAUCAUGUGAUGAGAGAGAGACUGAUGUGGAUGAUGCUGUUAAUUAAAGUGAGAAAGUAGUUCCUAUGAACUUAUAAUUCUUUAUAAUUGGGCAGUAAUUCUGUUUUUUCCAUAAGCAGCUUAGGAUAGAAAUGAAGGUGCAGCGAAUUGGAAUGAAAUCAUUAAACAGUCUUUAAAAUGCCACUUCUGGUGGAGAAACAUCCAAAAGAGAAAAAGGCCACUACAAAUUUAUCUUUACCCAUUUUCAUGAAGGGUGCAUAUAAUUCUGAAGUUGACUGUAAAAAUAGUCAGUACAUUUUGGUGAUUGUGUUUAGAGAUCAAUAUUAAAGUGAUGAAUUAAAAAGGACAGAAAGAACAUUGUGUAGUGUUACAGUACUAAAGGGAGAGUGCUUUUAGUGUGAGAGGAAAUGAUUUUCAGCACUCACAUUGUGAAAAAGAUGGCACCAGAACACAGCGGUGAGAGAUUUAAAAACAUAGGAAACACACAGCUGGUGACUGUACAAUACAGGAAAAGGGAAAAGGAAAUGACUCAAUGACAAACCCUAUUAUUUUGUACAGUACACUGGUUUUUACCACUUUAUAAAGUCUAGGUAGAAUUAAUUUUUAAGUAAAUUAAGAAAUCUUUUUAUUGACUUUUUAUUGUUUUGGAGACAAGAUAUUGAGCACUGUAAUUACACACUUGUAGCACAACAUAUUUUUCUUACAGUUGGCACCAGCAAUGUUUUUCCUCUAACUCCUUUAAUAUUUUCAUUUAUUAAUUUUUCCUUUAAUAAGGCAUCAUUUAGAGUCCCAUUAUUAUCUGAGAGCAGCCAGGGAAUAUAAUUAAUCAUUUAGAUAUAGGUCUUAAGUGGGAGCAUUUCAUAUAUAACAGCAUCUACUGACACUAAAGUGGCAUAAGAUAAUAUCUGCACAGUGAUAUAGCAUUUGUAUGAGUCAAAGAUGAUAUGUGUGUUUUCUUUUAUGUGUCAAAAGCUGCAUAAUUAAGUAUUUAAGUUCUAAAGUGCCAAUGUAAUGAAUAAUGGUGUACAUUACAAUUCAAACGUGUAAGUGAGAUGCAUAAGCGUCUCAAAGAAACAAAAUGUCACAAUAAAUAAUUAAUUAUA